UCGCAAUGAUUACACUUCAAAGGAGAAUAAGCAAUCAUGAUGGCGCUGUGCAGAAGAUAAUGCUAACUUUUUAGUAGAGCACCUAUUGACACAUCUGGUUGAUGAAAUCUCCACGGGUUUGAUGUAAGAAGUGAUAUCGCAUGAAAUCCCAUUGUAUUGCUUUUGUGAAGAUCUGAAGAAGGAUUCAGGAUGGCUGAGCCAGGAUCAAGCAAACCUGGUGGCCCUUCGACAAUACCCGGAGGAGGUGGCAGAGGUAUGGUGACUGGACGUCGUCUACCGGCCACCCUCUCCCCUGGCCGCCUUCCCUCCAUGCGCUCCAGAGACCUCACUCUGGGAGGAGUAAAGAAGAAAACAUUCACUCCUAACAUUAUUGGCCGCAAAGCUAAAGAAGAGCAGAAGGUUGAGGGUGGACAAAGGAGGGAAAGGAGGGAUAAUGAAAGAGGUCGUGAGCGAGGUGGUAGGGGUGGCCGUGGCCGGGGUCGGCCAGAGGUCAUCCAGUCCCACUCCAUAUUUGAGCAGGGACCUGCAGAGAUGAUGAUGAAGAAAAGAGGUGGCUAUGAAGGUGAGCGAGAUGCACCAAGUGUGGGUCCCUCACCCAUCAUUAACAUCAAGAAGGAAAAGAGGGAGACAGAGGAAGAGACCAAAGAAAUUUUGAGGUCCCUAGAACGAGACAAUUUCCUGGAUGACCCUCACUUAAGAAGUGAUGUAAGAAGCUGUCCUGUUCAGCUGCCUCUGGCUGUGUCGGGGUGGGGUUUCAAGGAGGAAAUUGACAUGUCUGAGAUUGCCUCCACCAAACCAGACAAGACAGAGGAGGAAAGUGAUGCCAUGGACGGCACAAAUGAGGUGAAAGUGAAAGAGGAGCCUGAAGAUACUCCAGAGGUUAAGAAGAUGGAACCCACAUUUAGACGUCCUCCACUCCCCGAACCCAAGGUUUUACCUGAGCUGCUGGAGAGCUGGAGGCAGAGCAAGGAAGAGGAGCUGUUCUUCAUCCAGCUUCCUGACUCUCUACCAGGGCAGCCACCCACCCAGGAGGUCAGGCCGGUGAAGACGGAGAUGCAGUCAGAGGAUGGACAAUCCAGGCUAUUGAAAACAGAAUCUCAAGAGGACGCGCAGGAGGAAAACCGUUGCCAUCUGAGGGACCUGCAGGAGGGUCUGGUGGGACGGCUGUUGGUGCGGAAGUCAGGUCGAGUGCAGCUCAUUCUGGGACAUGUUUCACUGGAUGUGGCCCUGGGAACACCGUGCGCCUUUCUCCAGGAGCUGGUAUCAGUUGGAACAGGAGAGGGUCAGACUGGGGACUUGUCAGUGCUAGGACACAUCAAACACAAAUUGGUCUGUUCACCAGACUUCGAAGCCCUUUUGGAAAACAGAGUAUGACAUUCCAUUAGACCCAGAGUUUCUACACAAGACACUCAGACCACGUAGUGCUGUAGGGUCUGUAUGAAGACAGGGUUAUUGCAAGCAGAUAUGACACCUAAACCCAGAGUUUUUUCAGGUGUCAUUUGUGGUUAUUUGUACCUGUAGUUUUCAGAAUGUAUACAAAUGUUGAAAAAUCGACAACUUUACUAGCUGCUUGUUUCAAUAUUUAUUUUUCUCUGUAGAAAGUGAACAUCUUUUGACACAUUCUAAAAAAUGUGUACCAAAUUUCCUCUGGAAGGUACAUGAAUAUGCGCUACAUGAAUGUGCAUGAAGGUCUACUUGGGAGGAUUAUGUGGUAAAGUAAUAUUUCCUGUGGUAUCCUGUAACACAUACUUUAAUUACUGAACGUAAGAUUGAAUUUUACUUGGAUGUAAGAUAUAAAUAAAAGGACAAAAGAGAAUGUC